ACAGUUUGGGACAUUCGAUUAAAUAUGACGAUUAAGGGAAUAUCAACUACAGCUUUAGUAUUAAUCCUUUCAAGCCUUUUAGUCUCUUGUAAACAAAUUAUAGAAACGCCAGAUAGUUUCUCAGAUUUCUCGUGUAAUAGAGAGCAGGGCACUUGUCCGGAAAACUGGUUUGAACUCAGGGACUUUUGCUCUAGAGAUAUCUAUAUAGAAAAUAAAAAUUUUCGAAAAUCUUGGAAAUCUGCAGAAGAAUACUGCCAGUUAUGGAAUUCUACGCUGGCUACUUUCCAAACUAAACAAGAGGCAAUAGAAUAUGCAAAAUGUUAUCUCUCGGAUCAUGAUGAUAGAAAUUUCUGGAUCGGUUUGAAAAAAGAUCAAGGAACAUGUAAAAAAUUCAAAUGGUUAAAUGGCAAUGAAUUAGAGCAAGCAGAAGCUAAUUGGGAGAGUGGUCAACCAAAAAACACUGAAGAUGAACAAUGUGUAUACUCUUCCGUAAAAGGAGGUAAAUGGAUUGCUGAUAAAUGUACUGUUGAAUUGAAUUGGUUGUGUAAAGCAAAUAAAACCUUUAUUCAAGACCCUCAGCUCCCUAAUAUCCCAGAUGAACCAUGCAACAACGACAAAUACAAAGAUUGGAAACUCUAUGAAGAUUUUUGUUACAAAUUUCCAACUGCAAAUUCCGAAAAGAAAACAUGGAUUGCUGCAAACGCAGAAUGUAAUAAAGAUAAGGGCACUUUAGUUACCCUUUCUGGAAAUCUAACUAGUACAUCUAUUUUCUUGAAAAAUCAUCUAAAGAAAAUUCCUCUGAAUGACGUCAACAUAUGGAUUGGAGCGAGAUAUCUAAUUUCAGAAAAACUUGUAUGGAUAGACAAUUCGAGCCUUGAGGAGGAAAACUUUGAAAAUCCUGUGCCAGAACCUCGAGACGGAUUUUGUGUUGUGACAAAGGCAAAUUCAAAAUCCGACAUGAAAUGGACAAAUUAUCAUUGCUCAAAUAAAUAUCAUUAUAUUUGCAAAAGGAAAAAGGACGCAGCCAAUGUACCACCGUCUCCUCCUCCUAUUCCAACUACUGGAUUUUGUCCACACAAUUAUAUUGAAUUUGAUAAUCUCUGUUAUAAUUUUGUUGAAACUCCAAAACCUUAUGCUAAGGCCUCGCGUGAAUGUUUGUUAGCUGGAAUUCAUUCUAGGGAACAACAAGAGUUUAUUACUAGCCAUAUCAGAGAUCGUCAUCAUAGUAACGAACGCUUUUGGAUAGGAUUAGAGGAAGAAACCGCAAACAAUUUCUGGUGGAAGGAUAAUACUGACUAUGGAUUCGAAAAUUGGAAUAAACCUGCGGGAGAUAACCUUCAAGAGAUGAGAUGCACUUCAGUUCUGACGGAUUCAUCCAGAGCUGGAAAAUGGUUUGCGGGAAAUUGCACAGAAAAACACUCAAGUAUUUGCGUGCAACCUAAAGGGAAUCACACUGAAGUAGAAAGCAAUUGUCCUCCUAAUACCGUCAAAUAUAUAGACUCAUGCUAUAGAAUUGUUACAAACAGAAAACUUAAAUGGGCAGAGGCUGAAGAGGAUUGCAGAAAAACCAGAGAAUCUUUUAUAAAUUCUCACUUGACAUCCAUAAAUAGCGUAUAUGAGCAAAGCUUUUUUUACAAUUUCGUAAAAAGUGCUCCAAAUUCAAAUUCUCUCUGGUUAGGAUUAACCGAUACAGGGCAUAAUGGUACUUUUAAAUGGACCGACUAUCGUCCUUUUCACUAUAAAAACUGGAAGUCAGGUCAGCCUCAUAAAGAUCGGGAGGGUUGUGCUUCUAUUACUGAAGGUGAACAAUGGAGUCAUGAAAAGUGCGACGAGGAAAAAGGAUUCAUCUGCAAAAUGAACAACAACACUUAUACGACUGUCCCUCCUCCAAAUGGCAAUUGUCCGAAUAUCUCUCCAGGAACUACUUGGUUUGAUUAUAAUGGAAACUGUUUGCUCUUCCAAAUGACCGAAGAUAAAUCGGAAACCUUCUCCGAUGCUCAAUCAGAAUGUAAAAAAUUCGAAAGCCUCUUAUUAAGUAUUACGAGCAGGGAAGAAGAUAAUUAUAUCUUUGAGUUCAUACGGCAGCAUUCAGCAAAAAAGUAUAUUUGGUUAGGCUUAGAAAGGAAUGACACUUGGAGAUGGUUAAAUGGCGAUGAAUUGAACUAUACAAAUUUUCGAAAAGACCACGAGAAGAAGGGAAGAUACGCAACUAUAUCUAAAUCAGAUGGAAAGUGGGAGACUUUUGAUAAAGAACCUGAAAAACUACCUUAUAUUUGCGAAACGAAAGGAUCAUCCUCAUCGCCAACCUCCCAACCAACCUCCCAACCAACCACCCAACCAAGCUCAAAACCGCCCACAUCUAAGGUACCUCCAAAGAAAAGCUCAGGAAUGAGUCCCGGUGGAAAAGCAGCAAUUGCUUUGGUUGUAUUACUAAUAUUGGCUUUAUGUGUAGUAGCUUUCCUACAAUACCGCUACAGUGAUUCUCCUGAAAUAAGAGACAUGAAAAAUACAAAUUAUUCAUCGCCAGCCCAAAACACUUUCAACAAUCCUAUUGGAGGAGAUUUAGCUUUUGACGAUCGUUAUGCCGUACCAUAA